AUGCCUGAGCGACACAGGACCGGGCUGGUGAACACCAAAUCCCUUGCAGUUUACGACCAGAAGCUAGAAGAACCCGACUUUGAGACAGGUUCCAUCGAAGAUGGCGGCAGCCGAAAUUCGAGUUGGAGCAUCCUUGACCGAGCUGGAGUCUUCUUCGUCAAACGUGUGGUGCAAAGGCGAAUGGCAACUGGUCAAGUCAACCCACAAGAUCUGGACAUCCUCGGACUCGAUCGACUACUGGCAUACAUCUAA